UUUUGGAAAAAAACAUUCUUUUAUUUUACAACAUUAGAGUGUUCUCAUAACAACUUUUUUUAUUUUUUACUUUUCACAAUAUUCCCGUUAAAUCUCCCCUCCCUCCUUGUAUUCGGAGAUCGCCUAAAAUUGAUAAAAAUAAAUAAUUUUUUUCUACAAGAAAAAAAGUGAAGUAAAGGACAUAUCCAAACUUUGAUUUAAUUACAACACAAAAAAAACACAGAAAUUUUUAACUGGGAAAAAGUGAUUAAUAUUAAAACAACUACCCAACUAUUUAAUUAAUUAAUUUUAUUUUUAUUUCUCCGCCUAUUUUUUUUAUUUUUAUUUAAAAAUAAAAAUAUAUCGGGAUGAACAAUCUAAAUAAUAAUUUGUUGAAAGAAGAAGAAAAAGAAAUUUCUUCAAAUAAAAAGCAGCGUUCAUCCUCCUCCGCGCAACAACAACAACAAAAUGUUGGAGAAGAAUUUAGUAGUGCUAGCGAUAGUUGGGAACAUGUUUCGUCUGGGGCUUCUGGAGGAUCAAACGAUUUAAUAAUGCCAAGUGGAACAGAUGACAAUAGUGCAGGACCUGCUUCGGAUACAGGCAAUCCUCAACGUCCUUUUUGGCGUGAUCAGGAAGAAAUUGUUAUUAGUGGUGUUAGUGGCCGAUUUCCGAGAAGUGAUGAUAUGGAGCAAUUUGGCGAUUUACUUUUGGCUGGCCUUUAUGGACUUCCAAAACGUCACGGAAAACUCAAAGAAUUAAAUAAAUUUGAUGCUCAGUUUUUUAGUGUUACACCAAAACAGGCAAAUUAUAUGGACCCACAAGUGAGAAUAUUGUUGGAAGUGGCUUUUGAAGCAAUGUUGGAUGCUGGCGUAAACCCCGUCGAACUUCGUGGCUCCCGUACUGGAGUAUUCGUUGGCUGUUCAGCCUCAGAAACUGGCGGUGCCUUAACACAAGAUCCAGAUAUCGUAACAGGAUAUACCUUAACUGGUUGUGUCCGUUCAAUGUUUUCAAAUCGACUAUCUUUUGCUUUCGACCUUCGUGGACCUUCUUUUUCUGUUGAUACUGCUUGUUCUUCUUCUCUUUUGGCUAUGCAGUUAGCUAUUGAUGCUAUUAGACAGGAACAAUGUGACGCUGCUAUUGUUGCUGGUGCUCAUCUAACAUUAACACCUACAGCAGCUUUACAAUUCCUCAAAUUAGGAAUGUUAAGUCCAGCAGGUUCAUGCCGUUCUUUUGACCAAUCUGGAGAUGGUUAUUGCCGAACUGAAGGAAUUGCAGCUAUUUUAAUUCAACGCCGCUCUGUUGCAAAAAGAAUUUAUGCUAGUGUUGUGCAUUCUAAAAGCAAUACUGAUGGAUACAAAGAACAAGGAAUUACUUUCCCUGGAGGGGAUAGACAAGCAGUUUUGUUGGAAGAAGUUUAUCGUGAGGCUGAAUUGGAUCCUUCUACCGUCGCUUAUGUGGAAACUCACGGAACUGGAACUAAAGUUGGAGAUCCACAAGAGGCUUAUGCUAUUACACAAACAUUUUGUCAGAACAGAACAUCUCCGUUGUUGAUAGGCUCAGUUAAAUCAAACAUGGGACACGCUGAACCAGCUUCUGGCCUCUGCUCUUUAGCUAAAAUAAUUAUCGCAAUCCACAGAAAUGUUAUUCCACCAAAUUUGCAUUUUAACGAGCCAAACGAAUAUAUUGAAGGAUUAAAAGACGGUUCAUUAAAAGUUGUAACAGAAAAAACAAUUUUCCCUUCUGGUUCAUUUAUUGGAGUUAAUUCUUUUGGUUUUGGUGGUUCAAAUACUCAUUUAAUAUUAAAAGCUCCACAACUCACAAAAUGUGAAGAAACGCCUGCAGAACAACUCAAAUUCCCUAGACUGUUAUUUUAUGCUGGUAGAACAAAAGAAGCGUUGGAAAAUAUUUUUGUACGAAUAAAAGAUGAGCAUAGCAAAAAUAGCUUUCUUCAUCAAUUUAUUGCUGCACAGGCUGACCUUCCAUCCAAAGACGCUCCAUUUCGUGGAUGGAUAAUUCUCGAUAAUAAAGAAGAAAAAUUAAAAGAAGAAAAAACAGCAACAGAAACAACACCAACAUGGAAACAAAAUCCAUUUAAUGUCCAAAAAGUAGCAAUAACAGAGCCUAGACCAAUAUGGUUUAUUUAUUCUGGAAUGGGAAGUCAAUGGCCUGGAAUGGGACAAAAAUUGAUGGAAAUACCUUUAUUUGAUAAUUCGUUAAAAGAAUCGUCAGAAACUUUGAAGGAAUUUGGAUUAGAUGUUUAUGGAAUGCUGAAAAAUAGUGACCCUGAGCAAUACAAAAAUACGCUAAAUUGUAUGUUGGCUAUCACUUCUAUACAGAUAGCCCUAACCGAUUUACUCUAUGCUAUCGACAUUCAACCAGAUGGCAUCUUGGGCCAUUCCACGGGAGAAAUGGGUUGUGGUUAUGCAGAUGGAGCACUUACAAGAGCACAAACAAUGCGUUUGGCUUAUUACAGAGGAGCUACAAUAAUGGCUAAACGAGAAAAAAUGCGAGGAGCAAUGGCAGCUGUUGGUUUGAGUUGGGAAGAGGCACAAAAAAGAUGUCCUGAAGGUGUUGUCCCAGCUUGCCAUAAUGGUGCUGAUUCUGUUACAAUUUCUGGAGAUGCUGAAAAGAUUGCUGAAUUUUGUGCUCAAUUACAAAAAGAAGAAAUUUUCGCCAAACAAGUAGAUUCAUCAGGAAUUCCAUUCCAUUCACCAGUAAUGCAAUUAGUACGUGAAGAAAUGUUGACAUCAAUGCGUUCUGUUGUGCCCGAACCAAAACCUCGUUCAUUAAAAUGGAUUAGCUCGUCAAUUCCAGAAAGUCAAUGGGAUGAAGAUUUAGCUCUUCAUUGUUCUGCCGAUUAUCAUGUAAAUAAUGCCUGUUCUCCAGUACUUUUUUAUGAAGCUUUACAAAAAAUUCCACCAAAUGCUAUAACGAUUGAAAUUGCUCCACAUGCAUUAAUGCAAGCAAUUUUACGUCGUUCUUUACAAAAAACGUGUGUUAAUGUUGGAUUAAUGAACAGUAAAGCUGAAGAAGAAUUACCAGCAUUCCUUCAAAAUUUGGGAAAAAUUUAUCAAGCUGGAGCAUCUGUGCAUGUUGAAAAACUUUAUCCACAAGUGCCAAUGCCUGUACCGUUGGAUACUCCAAUGAUUAGUCCUUGGUGGAAAUGGGAUCACAGUCAAGAUUGGCCUGUAAUUGACGGCAGAUUGGCAGGUAGCGGUGGAAGCGGUGCUGUACCAGCCAGUGCUUCUUAUACAAUUGACCCAUUCUCUGCUGAUUCGAAAGAAACAUUCUUGCUAGAUCACGUUAUUGAUGGCCGUGUAUUAUAUCCAUUUACUGGUUAUAUGAUAUUAGCCUGGAAAACUUUGUGUAAACUAAAAGGCCUCGAUCAUCUCAAAACUGCAGUAAUAUUUGAGGACAUAAAUGUUUACAAUGCAACAAUAUUAUCAAAACCAAUACGUUUGGAUGUUGUAAUAAGCCCAGGACAUGGACAAUUUGAAAUUUUGGAAGGAGAUCAAUUAGCCUCAAGUGGAAGAAUUUACAUUCCAGACGAAAAACAAGAAUUUUACUACAACAAUUUAAAAGAUAUUAAAACAUCUGAAAUUGCUGAUAGAACAGAAUUGGAUACUGACGAUGCUUACAAAGAAUUUUUACUUCGAGGUUAUGAAUAUGGACAGGCUUUUAGAGGAAUUUAUCGUGCUUGUAAUAGCGGUGAACGUGGUACUCUUUAUUGGACUGGGAAUUGGGUAACCUUUUUGGAUUCUUUGCUCCAAACUGCUUUGCUUGCUGAACGUGCAGAUACUUUACGACUUCCUACUCGUGUGAGAUAUCUUCGAAUUGAUCCUGUUCGACAUUUGGAAUGUAUUGAAGAGAAAGAUGGAAUCCAAGUAGUUCAAUUACGAAAUGAUAUUCCCACAAAUGGAUGUAUUGCUGGAGGUGUGGAAUGUUGUGAAUUAACAGCGUAUACCAUACAACGAAGACCACAACCUUCAGGACAAUUAUUUUUAGAAAAACUGUAUUUUGUUAAACAUUUGGAUGACAAUGCAUUAAAUGAUUUUCCAAAAGAAAAAGAAAUUUUGAAUGAAUAUCGUCAAUUACUUCAUUCAACAUUAUUUAAUGGUUUAAGUAAAUGGAAUGAAUUUGGGUUGUUUAAUAAAAUUACAAAUGGCGAACAAUUUGGAAGGGCUUUGGAAAUGCUUAAAAAUCGACAUACUCAAAUUGAAAUAGAAGAGGAAAUUCGAAAUAAAUUUAUUGAGGAUUCAAAGUGUACACUAAUAAAUGCUUUUGUUGAACUUUUUGCAACAGAUUUGAAUGAAUUUGCAGACAAUACUUUAGGAUUUGAGCAAACUGUAGUUAAAAAAAUGACAAAUAUUUACAAAGCUUUGGAUAAUGAUCGUUAUUGGGCACAUUGUUUAUUGAAUGAUAGAUUUACAAAAACUGCACAGGACGUUUGUUUUGAAAAUACUGCUGGCCAUCGUAAAAAGACUUGUUCUAUUGAGAUUACCUCUACUGAUGUUCUCAAACAUUGCAUUAAUGCAAGUCUCUCUCACCCAUUAUUAGAAAUUGAAUGGACUUGUAUAGGCCCAAAUGUUGAUAAUUUGGAUGAAACAACUCUUCAACAAUUAAGUGCUUCUAAAUUUCAAAUUGAUUUGGAGGCUGGCGAAGAUGGAAAAGAAUUAAAAUUGCCUCAAGAAUGUCGUCAAUUUGAUUUUCUCUUCCUCAAUAGAGUACUUUGGCGUAAAUCACAUCCAGUUCAAUUCCUUCAACGUUGCUCCCAAUUAUUGAAAGAUAAUGGAUUAAUUAUAAUUAAUGAACUUACAAAGGAUUAUGAAAUUGCUCUUCUCUGUGAUGCUCUCCAAGGCGUUGAUUUUGGUAAAGUAGAAGGAAAUUCAUAUCAACGCAUUUAUGGUGUUUACCUUGAUCGUGAUACACUUGAAAAAGUUUUUAGUGAAGCAGGAUUUCGUGUUUGUGUUAGACAGACUGACCCAAAUGUCCCAACAACAACUUUUGUACUUCGUAAAAUACCCCAACAACCAAGGGAUCCAGUAAUUGUUGAUGUAGAUGAUAUUCAAGAAUUUACAUGGAUUGAAAAACUCAAAAAAGUGAUUGAAGAACGUUUAAAUGAACCUGACUAUAAAACUGUUUGGAUGACAAGUACAAGAGUCCGAAACAACGGGACUUUAGGCCUUUCUCUCUGUUUUGUAGAAGAAAAUUUAAAAUACAAUCGGUUCCGCAACCUUGUCGAUAUUAGCCUUCGUCCAGAAAAUCGAAAUGGUCCUCCUUGUAUUGAUAUGGAAAGUGAAGAAGUUAAAGAAAUUUUGGAAGCUGAUUUGCAUGCAAAUAAUUAUAGAGAUGGGAAUUGGGGUUCUGUUAGGCAUAUGGUUGUUAAAGAAGAAGAAGCCCACAGCUACAAAGAAGUUGAACAUGCAUUUAUCAACACUCUAGUUCGCGCUGAUGUCUCAAGUUUAACUUGGGUAGAAAGCGGCAAUCAAUAUUUCAAUGAAAUGCAAGCAUAUUUACCUGAUCAUCAAAAACAACAACUCGUUUUAUGUUCUGUUUACUAUGCUGCUCUAAACUUUCGUGACGUUAUGUUGGCAUAUGGACGUCUUCCACCUGAUGCUAUACCUGGACAAUUUGCUGAUCGUGAAUGCCUUUUAGGAAUGGAAUUUGCUGGUCGUUUACAAAAUGGAAAAAGAGUUAUGGGAAUUUUGCCAGCUCAAGCUUUGGCAACUUCUGUUGCUUGUCAUAACGAUUUCUUUUGGGAAGUGCCAGAAGAAUGGUCCCUUCAAGAUGCUGCUACUGUACCUGUUGCUUUUGCAACUGCUUAUUAUGCACUGGUUAUGCGUGGAAGAAUUUCUAAAGGAGACAAGGUGCUUAUUCACAGUGGUACAGGAGGUGUUGGACAAGCAGCAAUUCGAAUAGCAUUAGAAUAUGGCUGUGAAGUAUUUACAACAGUUAGCAAUAAAGAUAAACGUGAAUUUCUUCAACAACGUUUUCCUCAAUUAAAAGAUCAUCACUUUGCAAAUUCUCGAACAACAGAUUUUGAACAACAUAUACGAAGACAAACAUUUGGUAGAGGUGUCGAUGUUGUAUUAAAUUCUUUGGCACAUGAAAUGUUGAGAGCAUCAUUACGUUGUUUGGCACAACAUGGGCGUUUUCUCGAAAUUGGGAAAGUUGAUUUGUCGCAAAAUUCUUCUUUGGGAAUGUCUCUAUUUUUGAAGAAUGUUACUUUUCAUGGAAUUCUUCUUGAUGCAAUAAUGGAUCAAUCUGUUGGACGUAAAUCAGAAUGGCAAGAAUGUGCAAAACUUUUUGAAGAUGGAAUACGUAAAGGUGUUGUACAACCUAUUAGUUCGACUGUUUUUGCUUCUGAUAAGUGUGAAGAAGCUUUCAGAUACAUGUCUGCUGGAAAACAUAAAGGAAAAGUUUUAAUUCAAAUUCGUGAAGAAGAAGAAAAUCGUUUGGCAUUACCUUCAAAAAUGUUUGUACGUGCAGUUUGUCGAACAUUAUGUAAUCCACAAUAUGUUUAUUUAAUUACUGGUGGAUUAGGAGGUUUUGGGUUAGAAUUGGCUCAAUGGUUAAUAAAUAGAGGAGCUAGAAAAUUAGUUUUAACAUCAAGAAAGGGAAUUAAAACUGGUUAUCAAGCAAGAUGUGUACAUUUUUGGAGAAGAAUGCAUGUUCAAAUUUUGGUUUCUACACAAGAUAUUGUUCAUAAAGAGGAUGCUCACGAACUUAUUCGUGAAUGUGAAGUUUUGGGACCUAUAGGAGGAGUUUUUCAUUUGGCAAUGGUUUUGCGUGACUGUCUUUUUGAAAACCAAACUGUCGAAAAUUUUAAAGAUGCUGCUCAAGCAAAAUAUUUUGGAACAAUGAAUUUAGAUGAAGCAACAAGAAAAUGUACAAAUUUGCGUUGGUUUGUAGUUUUUUCAAGUAUAACAUCUGGUAGAGGAAAUGCUGGACAAACAAAUUAUGGAUGGUCAAAUUCUACAAUGGAAAGAAUUAUUGAACAAAGACGUUUUGAUGGUUUUCCAGGAAUUGCAAUACAAUGGGGAGCUAUUGGGGAUGUUGGUGUAAUUCUUGAACAUAUGGGUGAUAAUAAUACUGUUGUUGGUGGAACUUUGCCUCAACGAAUUCCAAGUUGUCUUUCUUCAUUGGAUCUCUUUUUAGCUUGGAAUCAUCCAAUUGUUUCGAGUUAUAUCAAAGCAGACACUAGCGGCAAAAAACAACAAUCCGGCGGUAAUUUACUCCAAACAAUAUCUCACAUUCUUGGAGUUAACGACAUUUCUCAAUUAAAUCCUGAUGCAAAUUUGGGUGAUCUCGGUUUAGAUUCUUUAAUGGGUGUUGAAAUUAAACAAGCGUUAGAAAGAGAUUAUGACAUAACUUUGUCAAUGAAGGAAAUUCGAACCUUAACAUUAAAUAAAUUAAUGAAAAUGGCUGAAGGUGGAGGAAGUGGUGCUGCUGGAAGUGCUGCAUUACAAGGAGAUGGAGAACUACAAUUUAGACGUGAUGGGGAACAAUUGGCUUUGGAAAGUUCUGUUAAAGUUUUGGAAGAACAAUUGGGAGCAUUAUUCAAAUUGAGGGUAGAUGUUAAUGAUUUGGAUCCAGUUGAUAUUGUUGUUAAAUGCAAUAAAGUUGAAGAAGGACCGAUUACGUUCUUUAUGCAUCCAAUCGAAGGAAUUGCUUCCCCAUUAUCACGUGUCGCCUCCAAGUGCAACUUCCCAGCUUAUUGUCUCCAAUUUACUCGAAACGUUCCCAACGACAGCAUUGAAACAGUAGCAGGAAUUUACAUAAAAGAAAUGAGAAGAAUACAACCAGUAGGACCCUAUAGAAUAAUUGGGUAUUCGUAUGGGGCUUGUAUUGGCUUUGAAAUUGCUACGCAACUUCAACAAAGUGAUGGAAUUGAUAGUGUUGAAAAAUUAAUUUUAUUGGAUGGUUCACAUCUUUAUAUGCAGACUUAUAGAAAUGUCUACCGCCGUGCUUUUAAUGUUACUGGAGACACACUCGUAAACAAUCCAUUAUUUGAAUCAGAAAUUAUGUGCGCAAUGACUUUACGUUUUGCUAAUGUUGACUACAAAAAAUUCCGUGUUGAAUUGAUCCAAUUAAGCACAUUUAGAGAACGUCUCCAAAAAGUUGUUGAUACUGUGAUGAAUACUGGACUGUUCCAAAUGCCUGAUACUGUUGCUUUUGCAUGUGAAGCUAUGCGAUAUAAAUUUUUGAUGGCUGAUAAGUACAAGCCAAAAGAAAAAUUCAAAGGCCACAUAACGCUAAUUAGAGCUGAACAAGGCGCAGCUCGAGAAGAAGAUGUAGGAAAAGACUAUGGAAUUAGCCAGGUCUCUGAAUCUUCAAAUGUUUAUUUGGUUAGUGGUGAUCACGAUUCAAUUGUUCAAGGAAGAAAACAUGUUGACACAGCAGCCAUCAUAAAUGCUGUAAUUCUUGAUCAACCUAUCCCCGAUCCACUUCCAUCGGUUUCAUCAUCAAAGGAACAAAGAGGAACAAGAAAAUCGGCAAAUAAAUGAGGAGGAGAAGUAGGAGGUUUAUUUUCAAAUAAGUAGAGCAACGAAAUUUAAAAAAUAAAAUUAAAGUCAAAAUUUUGAAAAAAAUGCCAUUUUAGAAUUUAAAAAUCCUUCCUUUCCAAUUUUCAAUUUUAUUUUAAAUUUUUUUCCAAAAUUUUGUUUUUCCCUAUUUUCUAAAUAUUUUCCAAAAAAAGAACAGGAUUUUGUGCAUUUUCUUGCCAAGAUUUUGAAAAGGCUAGGGAUUUUUAAGAACUCCAAUUUCGAUGACUCAAAGAAGAAUUCGUGUUUUUUGCUUUACCACUAAUUCCCCUCUUACCUAAUUAUUAUAUUAAUAAUUAUAAAUAUUUUUUUUUAAAUAAUCACCCCACCGCCAAACAAUUUUUUCCCUAAUUUUUAAAUAAUAAUUUUUUGUAAAAUCGUCUUCAUUUUUUCUUGUUGCCUUAAAAUUUUUGUAAAAUAGAGCCUUGAAAAAAUUUAUUUUUCUGAGAGAAAAUUUU